GCCCUUGGUUCCUCUGUACGGGCUCAUAGGGCGCGGCGCCGGUUCCCGGAGGGGCUGCUUUCCCAGCCGCACCGCCCGCUCGCCCUGCCGGCAGAGGGAAGGGCGUAGUGCGGUCGGGCUGUAUCGUGGACAGAAUUAAGCCAGCUGGAGAGGUUACUGUCCUCAGCUUGCCUCAGCUGGUAAUGGGAAGAACCUGUCAGGUGACACGUGGGCCUGUAUCUGUACUUCAUACCCAUCAUCUCCUGCCCCAGGAAUGGGCAUCUUUAUUUCUCUGGUCUCCCACAGGUGCCUGUUUCUUUCCAGAAAUGGCAGUUUUCCAAUGGAAGAACUUAUUUCAGACUACAAUGGGAAGGAUACUACAGCAGAGAAGGGCAUCACUGUAUAAUGGCGCUCAUGACUAUGACGAAGAAUUGAUAAAGAAGAAACUUCAGCAGUUUGCUGGUGGAUCCAUCAACCUUUCCAAAGAACACAGUGGCAUUGGAAUACUUACCUUGAACAACUCCCGGCUAAUGAAUGCCUUCACAGGCACUAUGAUGCUGGAACUCCAGGAGAGGGUAACUGAACUGGAAGACUGGAAGGAUGGCAAAGGCCUUAUCAUCUGUGGUGCAGGAAACACUUUUUGUUCUGGAUCUGAUCUGAAUGCUGUCAAAGCAAUAUCCAAUUCCCAGGAUGGGAUGAAUAUGUGCAUGUUUAUGCAAAAUACCUUAACCAGACUCAUGAGGUUGCCGUUGAUCAGCGUUGCACUAGUCCAAGGACGGGCACUUGGAGGAGGAGCAGAACUUACCACAGCAUGUGAUUUCAGAAUAAGGAAAGGGAAGCCAAAGUAUGGAUAUUACCUGUAUAACUGUCUGCUGCCCGAAUCACAGACACUAGCUGCAAGCAAAGACCCACCAUCAAUACCAUCUUCUGUGCCACUUGGGAUGAUGGAGAAGUGUAAGGAAGGUGGAGUGAGACAGUGUGCAGCUGAGAUGAUGGGGCAAGGAUUGUAUUUUGAGAGAUGGGAAGCUGCAGUAGAAUAGGGGAAGAAGUGGCCCGUGGACUUGGGAUGUUCAAACUCACUUACAGUUCAUUGUGGAUUUAAGAGCUAAUGCAACUGCUGAUGGUCCUGUUAGCACUCACCAAGUAAGGGUGCAAAAUCCUGAGCCAGUUACUUGUGAGCUUUUAUCACUUGCAAGCAAAGUCCUCAAAUUUUAAUGUCCACGUGGUGAAACAGUUUCUGUUAGCACAAUUAACACCAUCCGCUGGCAAUGUAAUGUCUGACCUCUAAUAAACUCUAGAACUUACAUUUCCCAGCAGCAUUUAUUUUAAAAAGCUGCUUUGGCCACCUGUCAGUUUUGCACAGUUGUUGCUUAAUUUAACAAGAGUUAAUUAAGCUGAUGGCAUAUUGAUGGGUGUAUUAGAAAAACACAGACAUCAGCAAAAUUUUAUUGAAUCAUAUAUUAACUUUGUGCUUCUAUUGUUUGGUGGUUAAAACAAAUGUUCAGCUCUUGGUUCCCUCCUUUCUGUUACCGUUUUCCUGUUGUUGUUUCUUUUCUUCUUUAUUAUGUUUUUGUGCUUAAAAUAGAUGUGCAUGUGGUUUGGAUUGUUGUCCGAAAGCUUUUGAUGUCAGUACUGCAUUCCUGCUGGUUUCACAGAGUAUUGAGCAUCUUAAGGCUUUUGACUCUUUUACAGAAUCAUCACUUUGUAGAAACAAUCACCUUAUAGAUUUACCCAAAUUCAUAGGUUUAUUUCAUGGAGUUACCAAAAUGUAUGGAAAAAGUUAGCUAGCGUAUUUGGUUAGAGAACAUAUAUGACCCAAAGGCCUGUUAUUUGUGUUGACUGGAGACUUGAGAGGAAGUGGUGGGAAGCCAAAGUAUUUGUGGGAGAGAUGAAAGUCAGCUCCUGCAGUUCUGGCUGCCUUCUCUGGGACAACUGUAUCUGAGAACCAGGUGCUGCAGCCCUGUGUGAUACUGGCUGCCUCCCUCCUUGAUGUGUGUCAGGCCAGAUCACAGGAGAAGACUGGAAGUAAGGAUCUGUGUCCUUAUGUGACACUGUGAAUCAAACAGGGUUGGGAAUGAAAUCCAGGUUGCUAACAGCACGUUUAGUGUUUUAGGCAUCCGUUUUUCCAUCAUGGCAUUCAGAAUCAUAAUGUCAGAAACUUAAAAUGUGUAAUGUGGUAGGUAUUUGUCAGUAGUGCCUUUGCUUUGUCAAUGCUGAAUUUAAUUCAAAUCAUAGAAGUUCAGUAGAUGAGGAAGUGAGGACCAGCACAGACUGUAAAACAGUCUGUAUUCUACCCAAGGAGCUGAUUGUACCUAAUGGAGCAAUUCAGUAGCAGGAGUGCUAUAAAAAGCUGAUUUGAAAAACUUAGAACAUACAUUUCAGCUUGCAUUACAUUUUCAGCCUUCAUUGUGUAUGCUCUAGCUUCAAGUAGCUGGAAGGUGCAUUAGUGCAGGAAGCAUCACUCUUAGCUCAAAGGGAACGCUGCCUUUAAGGAAGCAAGUGUGCCUGCUCAAGGAUGGGACUCAUUUGGCUGGCUUGGUAGUGGCAAAUACGGUGUUCUCACGUGCAUUGUCAGUGAUGUGAUGUGACAGUCAGUUUGUGGCCACAAUAAGAUGUCAGCAAAGGACUCCUGUUGAAAGUGGAGGGUUUGUAACAUUUAGCAGAUUUGAGAAUACGUUGAGAUGCACAGCAGGAAUAUUUGCUGCAGCUCAUUUGCUUCAGAAACCCAAAAUUGGAUGUGGCCCCUGGUAGCUGUGCUCUCUUCCUAUAGGUGUUGUAGCAUUUGUAAUAUGGAAUUAUAAUGUUCUUAGAGAAGGUUUAUGCUGCUCUUUAGUGCUUCUAUUACCUUAACUUUUCUUCUGCCUUUUAAGAUACAGGGAUUUCACUGCUCUUCACUGUUCUGAGGGAUGUUUCUCUGCUUCUGAAGUCCUUCAGUUACACUGUAUAUGAAUUAUAUUUGAUAAAUGCUUUUUUCAGCAUUGUCAUGCAACAGAUUUUCAUUUUUCUUAGGACAGGGAAGGCAUGUGUCCAGGAGCCUUGUUGUAUGACCUUCCCCUGGGAUGUAAGAGACCCAGAUUUUGGUUCUCUUGACCUAGAAGACAAAUACAAGCAUACUAAGUCACAUCAGGGACUCAUUUUGUAUUCAUCUCCUGUUGUGUUUCAGACAGGGCCAGUAAUAGACGAAUAAGCUAUAAACAGCUCAAGAAUAGAAUGGUGCUUCUGUCUUCCCUUUUUUGAUGUCUGCAUCUUAGUGUUUAGUAGUGUUUGAUGUACUUUUUGUUACAUAAAUUCAUCUAACGUUAGAUCUGAUCUGUCAUGUCUCAGAAGACAGACUCAACCUCUUUCAUAAAACAGAGAGGGAAAUACUUAUGCAAGGCUGCAUCUGGUGAUAUUUCAAGGCUGGUUCCAGGCAGCUUAUCAGCAACCUUUGCCUUUUGGAAUGUGCAAAAUCUGAGCUCAAGUCUCCUUCACUUCCCUGAGCAGAAGGAUUGGAAUUGUGCAGAGAAACUAAAUGGAGAGUGUGAUGGGCGGUUUCUAAAAGAAGUGACAUAACUUUGGAGAGGAUUCAUAGUUGAAAAGCCUGAAAAAACAGACAUCUUCCUUAAGUUUGAAGACAGGCAGAGACUACAUUUACACUUUCUGUUGACCACUUAGUUUUCUCUGUGGUGCUUGUUGGAAGAUGCAUUAUAUGGAGAGGUGAAUCCCCGUGAGAGCCUGGAACUUGCAGCCAGACAACUCAUUUAUUUUCCUUUCAGCUCAUUUGGUUCCAUUUUCUCUGAAGAGGGUGACAACAGAGCAGGGUCACAUAUUCUUUCCCACACAGUAAAUUCUUUCUUUCCUUGAUGAUACUGAGAGAUUGUCCAUGCUUCUAAUAUAAAAUUCAGCUUUACGUGUGAACUUCCAGCUGUGUUGCCAGUACUUACCAGAUGAAUCCAUGCACUUUGCCACAGUGUGUUCACUGACACAUCUGGCCCUAUGGCCUUAACCCAAGUGCCUACACAAUCUCAGAUUCAACAAAUGGGCCACCACCUUACUCAUCCAUUAUGUCUGUGUUAUGAGGCUGCCUACAGAUCACCUAGAAUGGUGUGACUCGCUGAGUAUGACCACUUUUUUUUUAACGCUUUGUGUUGCUCAGCACAGCUAGAAUUAAGCCCAUUAUAAUGUUUUCAUUAUCGCUU